AUGGCGGUACAUGACGAACCUCACGACGAGCCAGCAGAGAAAAUCACCGAUAUUCUAGCCUGGGGCAACGAUGUUGACAUUGUAGAGCUCGACAAGUCCGGCCAUGUGCAACAGCAGUGGCUCCACGCCCACGACGGCCACAUCUUGCCAGUCCAGCUCAAGAACAAAUCCAACGGCAUAAUCUACCGCUCUGUCCGAGAAUGGCGCAAAGCCUUGUUUGACUCGUUUCUCCCAGCCUUCUUUUCAACCAUUAGCUCUCUUCUUGCCAAUCGUGCUCUUCUCAAAGGUCUCGGCGUUGGAGAUGCAUCGUCUUCGGCCACGUUUGCCCUCCUUCUCACCAUCCUCAAAGAUACCACGUCUCGCAUUGCAACGAUUGUGUUUGCCCACCGCUUUGGCCUUCGAAUCGAACCAGACGCCAAGCGAUACCGAUUUCUAGCCGAUCUUUUCAACGACAGUGCCUUCUUUCUGGAGCUCUACAGUCCGUAUCUAGGCUCCUGGGGCAAGGUUAUCGCGCUCAGUACUGGUCAAGCACUCCGGGCGUUGUGCGGUGUUGCCGCUGGUGCCAGCAAGGCAGCUCUUAGUGUGCACUUUGCCAGGCAAGAUAAUCUCGCUGAACUCAAUGCAAAAGAGGCUAGCCAGGAGACAGCCGUGGGCUUGAUCGGCCUGCUUGUGGGAACGUUGGUGGUGAAGGCGAUUGAGGAUCAUUCAAGUGUUGUGCUUUUGAUGAUUCUCCUCGUCCUUGCCCAUCUUGGUACAAACUAUCUUGGCGUUCGCAGCGUCUGCAUGGCUACGCUCAACCGACAACGCGCAACAAUCCUAUUCAGCGAAUACCUCAAGAGCGGCGUCGUUUUAUCCCCCGAGCAAGUCGCAGAAAGAGAGAGCAUCGUCUUCUGGAGCCCCAUAAUCCGCAAUAACCGUGGAAACAAGGUAGUCCAUCUCGAAUUUGCCGAGAGCUACGGCCAUGCCAUGAGCUGCUGCGAUUCACACGACAAACUCAUCAUCGUCGAUGGCCUCAAGCAUACCCGGUUUAUUUGCUCUCGCGUUCCCGGCCGUCUGACUCCCAUCAAGAUGCUCCUCUGGGAGGGUGCCCAGCCGAUCGAUGCCAUACGCGCAUGGUUUGCCGCAAUGGAAAUCGCAUGGCUCAUGGAAGAUGGUGGUGUCUACACGCAGAAACUGGAUGAACUCUUCUGCGAUGCUGGCGUCGAAGGCAACGGCAGAAAGUUUAGCAUUGCCGGCAAGGACAGAGACAGCGAGUUUGUGCCACAGUUCAACAGCUCGAAGCUCUGGGACGAGUUGGUGCAGAAGGGGUGGAAUCUUGAGACGCAGGCUUUGGAGACUACGGCUCCUGUUCGGCUGCAGAUACGGAAGAGGCGAGCCAAGGAUUUGUAG